AUGGGCAGUCAUAAAGGCUUCAGUGCUAUAAUCAAACAGAGAUACUCAGAUUUUAUAGUGAAUGAGAUUGAUCGGCAGGGAAAUGUAGUUCACUUGACACAGAUGGAUAUAGACAAUCUUGAUGAGGAACCUGUUGCUGAAUCAAAACAGAAGAUAACAACGGAUGUUAUUAGUGAUGAAGACAUAGCAAAGUUGGAGGACUUUGUGAAGAAUGAAGACAAAAAGGCAUCUCUAAAUAUCAUUGCACCUUCAGACAAGGAAGCCCGCACUAAAAUCCACCUUGCAGUGAAAACAACGUACACGCAGUUGGAGACUAAAACAGCAGACAUAGAUGGUCACAAGGUGAUACAGGUUGUCUGGAAGACAGGGAAAUCUCGUGGCAACAAUAGAGAUGACUGGCCAGAGACAAAGAAAGAUUUUAAGUAUGUGAAAUUUGUUUUGUACAAGGAGAACAAGGAUACAAUGGAUGCAAUUGGACUUAUUGCAAACAAUUUGAAGUUAAAAGAAAACCUGUUUCAGUAUGCAGGUACUAAAGAUAAACGAGCCAAGACAUCUCAAGAAAUAACUGCACACAGAAUACAUCCCAAGAAACUGUCUUUUAUGAACAAGAUUUUACGGAAUAUCGGCCUUGGCAACUUCCAGUAUGUCAAGGAACCAUUAAAGCUUGGACAGUUGAUGGGAAACCAGUUCACUAUUGUUCUCAGGAACGUCAUGGCCAGCUCAGAGACUGUUGAUGCUGCCAUUACUUCUCUGAAAACUUUUGGGCUUGUGAAUUAUUUUGGAAUGCAGCGGUUCGGAACCACUUCAGUGCCCACACACAAAGUUGGCUGUGCACUUCUUCAUGGUGAUUGGGAAAAGGCUGUGGAUUUGAUUUUAAAGCCCAGAGAUGACCAUACAGCCAAAGAUGCAUUCCAGAAAGUGUGGAUGGAAACUCGAGACCCAGUGGCCACCCUUAAAGUCACUCCCCCUUAUUGUGGACUAGAGCGGAAUCUUCUAGAAGCCUUGAAGAGGAAAAUGAAACCUCUUAAUGCAUUGGAGAGAAUUUCUAGGAAUACACGCUUGCUGUACAUACAUAGCUACCAGGCACUUGUGUGGAACAAAAUGGUGUCCAGGCGACUGAAAGUGUUUGGAAUGAAGCCCAUAAUUGGAGAUCUUGCAAUAAAGGGCAAUCCUGAAAACACAGAAAAGGUGUCUCCAGUGGUAAUCACACAGGAUAACUUGGACCAGUUCUCCCUUCAUGAUGUAGUUUUGCCAUUACCUGGUUAUGAUGUCAUCUACCCCAAAAAUGAAGUUCACAGUUGGUAUAGGGAGACACUAGCAGAAGAUGGUUUGGAUAUAGAUAACAUGAGGAGACCUCAAAAAGACUAUUCAUUGCCCGGAGCCUAUAGACAAAUGACAGUGUGCCCUACCAAUGUCAGUUGGUCACAUCAUCGCUAUGACGACUGUUCACUUCCACUCACCUUAAGUGACAUGGAUGUCAUCAAGGAAGUCACAUUGCCAGCCUCUCACAACAAAGGGAAGUUCAAAGCUGUAGUCCUGAAAAUGAACCUGCCUUCAUCGUGUUAUGCCACCAUGGCCUUGAGAGAAGUGCUACGUGUUGAUACAUCAGCAGCCCACCAGACGUCUCUAAAUGUUAUAUGA